UAGUAUUGAUUGGGUGAGGGGUAGACUACAGGGUGUUGUAAUCUCUUUGCUACUGGAUGUGUAAGUCGUUUGGUGAGAAAAAGGAGGAAUUUCUGCAGUUGCAUCUCCUGGGAUUUAUUUGUUUGGAAUAUUAAAUGGUGGACGUAUUGUUUAUGAGGUGACUUUGUUGAAAACAAAAACUUUUUUUCGAGGAUUGUUUUUUAAAUGGGAGAAAAUUGAUUAAUUUGUCCAGGUGGAAUACACUGAAUCGGAUUAUUUGGAAUAUGUUGUAAAAGAAGAAUUCAGAAAUUUCUUUCUCACCAAACUCAAGGCCAUUUAGUCUUUAAUGACAUUAGAUAUGUUCCUGUAUACUACGAUAUGACUGGUCAGUACAGUACCUGAAACUCUGCAAUAUAUAGAGGUCACUAGAGAGCUGAGACACUAUGGGACAGAACCAAAGCUCUCGUUCUAUACCAACAACCCCUAAAGGUCCACCAGCUAGACCUAGUGCACAGCCAAGUGCUCGUGGACUCAGUCAGCUAGGACCACAGGGACCAAGUUAUGUUAAUCCUGAAAAUAAAGUCUUGCCAAUAGUGCUUCCUCCCUCUGCCAAAUCAUUAUUAAGACCAGUGUCUCAGGAAUUAAGUGAUUUUCAUCCAGAAUACAAAGAAAUAUUCCGAUCGGAAAGUUUAGAAGAUGAUAACGGAAAUAUUACUAAUGGGGAAGUGGUUCAUGAUGGUUCAAAACACAGUACAAAAAGUCAGGAUGUGAAUGGGAACUUAUCUCCAAGGUCAAAUGGACAUAUACCCAAUGACAACAGAAAUGGAGAUUUGAACCGACGACCUGUAUCUAUGUACACUAAUGGUGGUGGUGGUAAUAAUAAUACCAAUGUCAAAGGUCAUCGCCGACAGCUUUCUGCUUCGUCUGUUCUUUACUCUAAAGAGAACACGAUUAUAGAGCAUCCAGAUGAACCUAAAUAUAAUGAUGAUCGACCAAGGAAGGUAACUCUUCCUGCUAAAAGUUCCUUUGAUAUGCCUUACUCGGAAAACUUAACUUAUGCUCAGUUAGCCGAAUAUCGACGUAAUCAAACUCUGGCUGAAUUAGAAAGGAAAACAGGGAGGAAGAUUGAAGAUCUAUCGGCAUACGCAGAAGAUAAACAAUCAAACUUUGAAAGAGCGCCAUCUACUAGAUCUGCCAAAAGUUAUCAUAGUGCUGGAUCAGCUCUCAGUAAGAAGAAAAGUCGAGCACCACCACCUCCUAACCAACCGCCUCCUCCUCCAGGGUCUAAAUCAGCCCCAAAUACACCCAGAGCUGCACCAGGGUCUAAAUCAGCCCCAAGUACACCCAGAGGUAGUAAUAUGCAUACACCACCUGCCAGACCUAAUAAGCCACCACCAAUAUUAAAAUCAUAUUCAGUGGACAGGGAGCCACCUGCAGAUUAUGAUGAUGCUCAACCAAGGAAAAAUGUUUCUAUUAAUAGAUCGUCAAGUUCUGCUAGUGGUAGCAGAAAAUCAUAUGCUCCCGCUACAUCACCUCCACCGCCUAACGCACCACCACCCCCACCACCACCUGGAUCAGGAAUAUUACGCAAUACUAAUCAAAGAUUGAACAAAUCAAUGGUAGAACUACCUAGGGCCAAUAGUGCUAGUGACUUCAUAAAAGUUCGUAGUCCACCAGUUCGUCAAGAUAGCUUCAAUAGACCAGCCUUACAAACUGAACAGAAUAAAUUUUUAUCACAAAUUCAGAAGGCUGCAGAAAAUCGUGCCAUGAGGCGACAAAACUCAGAACCAGCCAUGACUUCAACACCACCAAUUAAUGGUGAUAUAGACAAUAGAGUUGAAAAGAACUUAAUAUUUAGUGCUACUACAAACAUCUUGGAAAGUGCCAAAAAUAAUAAUGAGAAAGAUUUACCCGUUAAAACCCCACCACCAGUGGCGCUGAAACCCAAUAGAUCUUCAUCAUCAUCAUUUGAGCGUCAAAAUUCCGUUACAUCAGAAUCAAGCACUGCAAAUAGUGUUCAUUCCUCAAGUAACAGUGAAGAUCAGAAUGGCGCAAUUCGUCGCCUCAACAGUCUAUUGCAACAUGAUAUAAAACUAGCAGCACAAUCAAAGGCCACUAAAAUUGUUAAACAUGCCACACCAGUCAAAGAAAAACCUAUGGAUCCAGCACAAGCAUUUCGGGAGCAGCUUGCAAAGGCUGCUUAUGAGCGUGAUCAUAGGGCAAAGACUGGGCCAACUAUUGAUGAGAAAUUAAAAGCUGCUCAGGCAGAGGAAAAAGAAAAGAGUGAAGCUAACAUUGUGUUUUAUACAGAUCAGGUGACUGUAAAACGAACCGAUAGCAUUCGUAAACAGAAUGAGGAAUUUAGAAGAGAGGAUACUAAAAAGAGAGAGACUAGUGUACAAGAAACAAAUGUUGAAGUUGAAUCUCCAAAAGAAGUUUUUACCAUCAAUAAAGAUGAAAAGCCUAAUCUUCCAGUCUUAACAAAUGGCUAUAAGGUAGAACAAAAGGGUGAAAUUAUACAUCAUCCCCGACAGAUGACCCCUGGUGGUGGCAUCAGUUCUCAGAAGGACAGUUAUCGUAAUUCUAUUUAUGCAUCAAAAGACUGGACUCCAGAAAUAGACUUAGAUUCUGAUGACAAUAUAUCUGACAGUGAGGUAUUGACGUCAAGUCUUGGCAAAUCUAAUGGUUUCAAAUCAUCAGUGUUCCCAGCCAAAGUUAAUGAAAUUAAUUAUAAAGGAAAGAAACAAAAGGGAAAGGAGAGAAAAUUCAAGAAAAGCAUUGAAAACGAUGAAAAGAAAAAACAUGGAAGCAUUAAAAAAUUCAAAAACUCUGUUCACAAAAGUGUGUUAAAUGCAUUUGGUUCGAUAAGUAAAGCUUCUGGGAAGGUAUUGAAGAAAAAUAAAUCUGAGGACUUAGAUAAUGUAAAUGAACAACCAAUGAACUGGACUUUAUCAUCAUCCUCAUCUACGCCAUCAUUCUCCGGCACUCCGGUAGAAAGUCGACCAAAUCUAAGUGAUGGACAGUUGUCAAAUCGUGCCUUUAAAUACAUGGUACCUAAUGGUUACCAAGAUCAUGUGUCUCUGAGUAGUGAAAGCUCAGAUGAAGAGAGAAUUGUCAAUAACAAUGUCAUGUUUGAAUCAAACGGCCAUAUUGAAAGUAAUGAAGAUACGGAUAAUGAUGAUGGCAAUGAUCAGAAAUAUUUGAAACGUGCUGGUGUGGCAUACGUAAGUAAGAGUGGACAGAUUGUUGUUUUACCGGAGUAUGAUAAAGUACAACCAGGUGAACAGAGACCUGGAGAAUUCGAUAAUCAUGCACCAAAACUUAAAAAUAAGAAAAAGAAGUUUGCUUUCGAUAACACUGUCCGUAGGAAAGAGAGAGAACAUAUCAGUGAACAAAUCACCAUGGAUGCAACAGAAAAGGAGAAAAAAAGAGAGGAUGAAAGGCGCAGAGAAAUGGAGGCUGAUAUUGAUAUUAAACGUACUCGUGAGUUAGAAGCUCGUGAACGCUUGCAGAGAUUAGAAAUGCAGGCUCAGUAUCAUCAGCAGUUAUUACAACAACAACAACAGUAUGGGAUGCUGUCAGCGCCACCUCUGCCUCCACCUAAUGGAUUCCAACAAGGAUUUAAUCCAGUGGAGUUCUCUCAGUUCUUUGGCCAGCAACCUGGGUAUGGUUUACCCUACGGUGCUCCGUCAGGGUUUGGAGGUCCCAUGUAUAAUAACAAUGUGCCAAACAUGUCUUAUGAUCUGAGUGAAUACAUGAGAAUGAUGGGUGUUCAAAACUCAACACCUACAUCAACGUCACAGCAAUUAAAUGCUUAUAUGUUACAUGGAGGACUAAACUGGCCACAAACAAGUCUACUGUCAUAUCCAAACAAACAACAAGAUGAUUCUAAACGUAAUCAGGUUUAUAAUAAUUGGAGUGGUCCUAAGAAACAAAUUGUUAAAUCUAAUUCUCAAGGAGACAGUAGUGCUAGUACUUCUAAAAAGACAUCAUUUUAUUCAGCUGAUGAGUCUGACAGUUCUGCUGGACUGUCGCCACAACGAACUGAUGCUUCACUAAGUGCAUCAAAGAACAAUAUUAAUGGUGACACAAAUGACAAUUAUGGAUAUAAGUCUAAAAUAUCUGUAACAACUGUCUACACACCAGGAUUUAACAAAAGUGCUGCCUCAGAUAAUGGUUCUGUAAUUAGUGACAAUAGUGCUGAUCGAUGAUAAAAGACGAUUACUAAAUACAGGAAAAAUAAUCAGUAAAUGGCCUUGACCUACUGUGUUGGAACAGUUCGAGAAGAUCAAGAAGAACUAGUUGAAUUGCGAGAUAAGAGUUGUGACACAAAAUAAGAAUUUCACAUGUAAAUUCUGCAAGUCAAAGGUGCUCAGAAUGUUGACUUUAUAUGUUCAUGGUUGUGAUUUAUAGUUAUAUAUUUGUUUAUUUUUGUAAUAUUUUAUUGUUAAAAUGGUAAUGUUAGUUUUAGCUGUCUGAACAAUAUUUGACUUUCCUGAGUGCCCUGUCAUCUAAUUAUACGUAGGUUUGAAGGUCAAUGUUAAAUCCUUGGAUAGUGUUGUUCCAGAUGUCUUGACAAAAGCCAAACUCCACAUGACCAAUAUAAGAACUUCUUAUAGUAAUACUUUGUCUGCAUGUUGAACAAAUUCUCAAGGUUCAGUACAGGCAUGACAAGGUUACUCAGGGUCCAUUAUAGACAAGUGCCCAGAUCUUUCAGGGUUUAGUACAGGGACUUUCCCAGGUAUCUCAGGGUCCAAAAGUCAGGUCCCUAGUCUUUCAGGGUUUAAAACUGUCAGAUUCCCAGGUAACACAGUGUCAAAUGUAGCCAGGUCCCUUGAAGUCUCUUAUGGUUAAAAAAACCCUUAAAUAUUAUUUGUAUUGACAUGUUUCAUAACUGAAGAAGUUUUACAGAUUUUCUUACAAAUGUUAAGAGUGGAGUUUUAUUUAACAUUCAAAAUAACUAAAAUGUUUGAAUUUCCAUUUUUAAACCUUGUCAAAACAUUUGAUAUAGGUAGAAAAAAAAUCAAAAUAAACCUUGUUUUUAAAAUUAGACAAACAUUUUUGGAGAGUUGAUAAUGAAUUAUCUUAUGUUAAAACAUUCUGACCUAUUUUAUUUUAUUGUUUUCUCCUACUUGUAGGUAGCAAAUCAUAACAUAUCUCAUAAUUAGUCAAAAUUAUCAUGUACUGAAUUACAAAUACUAUGCAAAAUAGUUCUAAUUUAUUGAUUUUUAUGGAUAUUUCCUUGAAAGUUUGUAUUUGAAUCCAAAAUACUAUCAAAUCAUAUUAAAUACCUUAUCACCAUAAAAUGUUUCCUUUAGGUUACUUGUGAAAUAACAAAUACAUGUGAUAAUUUUUUAAGUCUGUUUAAAAGGUUAAAAUUGUAUAAAUUUAUAAAAUUAAUGUAUGAUUUAUUGUUUAAAAGAGGAUAAUACAAAUUAAAUAUUUUGAUUAUUUAAAGAAGAAGGAAGUUGAAUUAUUAAAUUUCUCUCUCAAUUUCAUUUCGUAGAGAGAGAGAGUUAAAACAAAACAAGGUGGAAAAUAAUUGCUUUUUCAGUUAUGCCAAAAAAAAAUAAAACAAGACCUAAAUUAUCAGGAUUCCAGAUUAAUAGUAAUAAUUAAAAAAUAUUUAGAAUUAUACUUCAGCUGUAUCUAUAUGAUGUUUGCUGCAGUGUGAUAAAUUGACAAAACAAAUCAUGAUCUGAAUUGUAAUAAGCAAAAUAAAUUCAUCAAAUAUGACUGACAAUUCUUUUUAUUAUCUGUAAAUCUUGUCCUAUAAUGAAUUACCUGCUAUUUUUAUCUGAUAUAAACUUGAUGAAGUAUAUUAUUGUAUAAUUAAAAAGUCAUCAAUUGUGGAUUUAUUUGAAAGAUGACAGUUGAUUGAUUAUAGUUAAUAUUUUCAAGUUUUUAUUCAGUAUAAAUGAUACAUAUUUACUGUUAUAGUGAGAAUGUUGAUGUUAAAGUUACAAAACCUCAAAGUUUUUUCGUCAGUUAACCUUGUACAUUAGCAAUUACUUUUUUGAAAAUGGACUUUAAGCAAACUGUAAACACACAAGUUAUAACUUUCUUUACCAAACAGUAAAUCUUUAAAAGUGCUAUUUAAUACGAAACUCAUUAUAAAAUAAAUCUAAGCCAUGUAUAACAUAUGAAUUUUUUAAGGCCAGUAAAUGUAGUCCACCAUUAUUUGUAGACACAAACUGUACUGUCUUUUAUUACACUAGCGUUUGUUGCCUUUAUACUUUUCAGAAUCUCAAAAACUUCUGUGAUAACCUAUGUUACAAGGGAAAUAACCCUAGAUCUGAUUUUCAAUGUGUGCAUGUAUAUUGCAUGGGAGAUAACUCUAUAUUGGUUGUGAAAAUUUUUAUUUUAUGUACAUUUGUUUAUUUUUAUAUUUUCGAAAAAAAUAUAUUUUUGUUAUCAUAUGAUUUAUGUUAUAAUUACAUACAUUUUCAUUAUUUUUGUAAGUUUUUUUCAUUAAUCCAUUUAUCAUGAAAAUUAAAAGUGAAUUGAAAAAACUAGUCAGGAAUCAGUUCAUCAAAUUACACGUGUGAUUUUUAGAAUUAAAUUAGUUGUGAGUCUAUGGAAGCAGCAUAAAACAAUGAUUUGUUAUUUAGAAUGAUAUGUUUUUCAAUUAUCUAUAUCAGGUUUAAGAAAGUUUGUUUUAUUUGUUCCACAGAAACACUUCUGGUUUUCUUUCUAUGUGACAUGAUCUCUACAGGUCUGUUUAAAUCAGCACUAACAUCCUAACACUCAUUUAAAUACAACUUUUCUUUAAUAAUUUUAGAAACAAACAAAAAAUAAUAUACACUCUUACCCAUUCUUGUGAACCUGUAAGAAGAUGCAUGUGAAAUUUUAGAAAUUAUUUUUACAUAAACAAAGUUUGAUUUUUAAAAGGGUAAAUAUUUUUAUCUCUAGUACAAGGCAAUUGCAUUUCCUUUAUGCAGGCUUUAAACUGAAAAUUUAAUGAUUACUAAAUUUUGCAUUGUUACUAAGCACAGUUUGAAAACUGAACAAAAAGUGUUAAAUUUUAUCACUUUGCAAGUAUCACCUCCAUCCAUUAAAAUUAGCAUUUAUCUGAUAUAAAAGGAGGUUAUGGUGUAUAAUUUCACACAGAGUCCAAAUUGUUUCAUUUGGAGAACACUAUUGGUUAAGGGAUAGUACAACAAACCUUUAUUGGCGACAUUCCUACUAAGAUUCAUUGAUUUAUUUUUAUAUAUCAUUAAAAGAUUAUGACACAAUACAUCGAUUCAUUUGAAGUCAUCAAUAUUCCAAAUAUUAAUCAAAUAUUCAGACAUUUCAUCUAUGUUUUUUCUUCAUAUUUAUACACAUAAAUCUACAUAUAUACAAAUAUCAUUAUUUUAUUUAAACAAUAAAGUGCUGAAUUGUAUGUAAAUUUGCCAUGAAAUAUAUUCUUACAUAUCAAAAUUUGUAUAUUUCAUGUUCAUGAAUGUUGGUGAUAUAUCUAACAUUAUAAGCCAUUAUUUAUUUUCAUCAGGUACUCUUUUGUCUUCACCAAUGAUUAAUUGAAUGUUCUGCUUCUAAAUGAAGAUCUCUUAUUUUUUUUCCUUCUUUAUUUGACUUUAACCAUUGAUGUAAGUUAUCUAAGGGAGAUAAUUCAUAUUUAGAAUAAUAUCCAUCCAAGAAAUAUUACAUUCUGGUUAUAGCAAAUGCACUGACAUUAAAUGUAUUUUCUGAUUCUGAAUCAUAUAAGAUUGUUUCUCAAUACAAAAGUAGAAAAGUUAGUGUUACUUCUCUAUACACAAACACAGAAAAGCAGUUUGUCAUGAUAUGAUAUUCAACUUUUUCUAUUUUUUAAUUCUUCAAGAUGUGAUAUUUUCUUUUUAACUCUUUAAUAAACUGACAUUUGGUAUUAAUAUUUUGGUCUGACAUAAGCAUUUUGAUAUAGAACUUUUAUAAAGAUGCGAAAUUGUUUUGUGUAUAAUUGUUAGAUAAUUCCAUAUACUGUAUGUCUGAAAAUCCUUAAACAAGUAAUUUUUCAUAGGAAUUCUAGUUCUUGCAACAAUUCAAAGAAUUAAUAUGUACCUUUACAAUUCUCUUAGUUGUUAAUUAUAUCACCUGAAACAUUUAAACCAAUAGAUUUCAAACAAACUUACUGUUUGCUUAGAAAAUUACUUUUUCAGGAAUAUUUUACCUUAAAAAUUACUUUUUAUAGGGAACCAGGUCAGAUAGUAAAUACUUCUUUCAUUAUUGUUCAUGUGAUGUCUAUGUUUGUUAUCAUGAUUAUUGCAAUACUAUCUACCAUCAGGGACAAUACAUUUAUAUCAUUUCGUUACAUUUAUAUCUAAAUAUAUAAGAAUAAAAUAAAUAAGAUUU